CACUUGAAUCAUGUGGACUCCUAUACUUCCUGAUUGUGAUAAACUGUAUUUGCUGUUACGCCUACUGUUUAUAUUUAGCAGUUGAUGAUCACAUGAGGGGAAAUCUCCCCUCAUGUGAGCUGGAACUCAGAUCACGAGACUAACCAUUUUCCAGUGUGAUUUUACUUCGCCUGUGGUUGACCCACUUGUACUUGCAGCAGAUGGUGAGAGCUGUCAUAUGCAAAUCCAGACAAGUUGAUGUUGUACGCCAGACUACAGUUUCCUAGAGAGAUCCUGUCAAGGACAUUGUUUGGAUUCAUGCUUGGUGAAAUUUCUGCUUUGGGUGGAAACUAGCCUGUGUAUCCUAUUUUCAGUUCUGUUGCUAGGGUUGACAGCUUCUGCUGUAGGAACUCCGUUGUUCCCCUUAAGCCAUAAGUUUUCAAUUUUGUGAUUCCUGCAGCCGAGAGUGGUCACACUCAGAGUCGGAGAAAUUUAUCAAGAGGAUAUAGUUUUUAUCUUGGGAGAAUUGAAAGCUAGUGUUCUGCAGUAGUCUUGAGAUUAAGUUUCAACAGUGUUAGAUUUGUUCUACAAGCUUCCAACAUGUCGUCUAGUGAGCCUACGGAGAAAUCUGCUAUACGCUGGACAAUAUGGCCGAAAACGACACAACAUACUAUGAGAAAGACGAGCCGCCCCGGGUUCUCCAAAGUCAAGACAUGGAAAACUUUGAUGGAGGAUCGUCCAGUGCUACUUCUUUCUCGAUGAAGACGUUCACGUGGCUCGUGCUCCUCGUCCAGGUGUUUGGACUGGCGGCAGUCGUCAUGGUUGCAGUGUGGAUGGGACAUUUCCGGGGUGGUUUUGCCUGGCAGAGCAACCCAGGCCUGGAGUUCAACUACCAUCCUUUGUUCAUGAUCAUUGGCAUGGUGUUCCUGUUUGGCGAUGCCAUCCUGGCCUACCGUGUGUUCCGGAAUGACAACAAACUGAUCAUCAAGAUCGUCCACGCCUGCAUGCAGGCUGGAGCCCUCAUCUUCGCUGCUGUUGGACUGAAGGCAGUAUUUGACUCCCACAACUUGCCAGCAGAUCCCAUCCCCAACCUGUACUCCCUCCACAGCUGGCUCGGAAUCAUCACCGUUGUCAUGUUCGGGCUUCAGUGGGUGUUUGGAUUUGUGUCCUACCUGUACCCCAAGGUCGGCAUGGCCUCUCGGCGGAUGUACAUGCCGUAUCACGUGUUCUGGGGCAUCGCCAUCCUCUGCUUUGCUGUGGCAACAGCACUCAUGGGAAUUACAGAGAAAGUCAUCUUCUCAAAAAUAAGCUAUAGCUCGUUCAUCCCAGAAGGAGUCCUGCUGAACUGUCUUGGCUUGACCAUCGUAGCGUUUGUCACCCUCGUCGUUUUCCUCGUAACACGCCCCGAGUUUAAACGCCCCCCUGGACCGGAGGAGGAACACCUACAGCUAGCUGAGUAAUGAUUGGCCAAUUGGAAACACGGACAUAUCAUGACUAGGUUAAGGUUGUAUUGACAUAUAUAUGGCAUUAUUUCAUCAGUGAUGUCAUACAUUAAAAGAAUACCCUGAAAUUUGCAUUUUGUCUUUUGCAAAUCAUAACCAGCUGAUGAAUUAAUGGACGAACAUCAAAUGUGAUUAUUAAUCUUUCAAACCUUUCGACAGGAUAGGAAAGAGAUAUUUGACAAGUGUGCAUGUUUCACAUUGAAAGGAAAAAUAACUAAUUAUCUUUUAAGGAAGUAAUUCUAAUAUCACUGAUAACUUUAAAGAUGGAUAGGAAGAGACAAUUCGUAUUUAUGUAAGUUCAAUGUGUAUUUUCUGUAAUCAGGACUAUUUUCAAAAGACAAAUUUAGUCAAGCGUGAACAGAUGUUUAUUGUUGAUAAGAAAGCUCCCUAUUGAGACAUUUGCUCAAAGUUGUUUUUUGUAAAUGGACAGCUGAACGAAAAAAACUUAAUUCUCAGAGUACAUACAGAAGACCAUAUCUAUCCACUUACUAUAUGAAAGGUCGUAAGUCUGUCUAGAUCAUUAGUAUUACAACAUGCUGGCUAGUUACAUUUAACAGACCUGGCUUCAAAACAAAUAUAAAUUGCUUGAACUUAAAUAUAGAGCACAUUUGUCCACAAGUCGGAACAUUUCAUAAUAAGAAAACUACUGACAUGAAAAGGGAAGUAACUCUUGGAUGAUUAUUUGUUGACUGGUCUGUUGCUCUAAUGCCUCACUCCAUCUGGCUAGCUGCAUAUGUGGAGCAAGGAUGUGUAGCGGAGGCAUGGAACCAGUUUACCAAAUUCCAAGUUUCAUUUUAUCAUGCAAGCAAUCAUAAUUUAGAGCCAUCAAUAUAAAAAAUAUGUGUCAUCUUCCUUUUAACCCCUGAUUCCAAAUAUGUUGUUCAUUAUCAGCUUAAACAUAUGUUAUCUGGUGAUGCGUUACAAUGAUUGUGUCAUAUACAGCCAAACCUUAUCUGGAUAACUGGGGCUUGUCUUGUUUGGGACUUCAAACACUUGUUUCAAAACCCAAAUCAUGUACAAUUAGGUUUUAAAUUGUAUGCUUAACUGAUACUGUUUAUGAAACCUACAAAUCAUGAUCUCCACUGAUAUUUUCGGGCAGGUAGACGUUUUUGGCACAGACUGCUUUUGUUAUUCUUGUGUCGUGACAAAUGGGAUGUUUUUCAGUUUAGUGAAAUCUAACCAGUGGUGUAAUUCAUUCGUAUCGUCACUUUCAUUGAUAAUUUUGUUACAUUCCUCCAUAAACCAGACUUCCUGAUCUUAUGUUGUUCUGGUACCUUGCUGCAUGUUUACAUUAUUACGCACAUGACAUGUUUAUUUCAACUUUGAAGUCUAUUUAUUGCAAGGUUUAUCACUGUUAAGACAGAAACGACUGAUUGUUAAAAUACUGUCAAGUAUUCAUUCCUAUUUACAAUUGUAUUAUGCUUUGAGAGUGAUAUUUCUUGUGUGAUGCUUCUCAUAUGUUGGAGUAUGCAUAUGUUUUAAACUGCACUUUUCCGAAAAAGGCCAAAAUCUGUACUGGUUAAUAUGGAACUGCAUUAGCAAUGGUGACUGAAAUAUAAUGUUUUGAUGGUUACCAUGGUUACUUGUGUAAUUCUGUUUUUAUUGAGUGGAAGCUGUGAUGUAGAAGUACUUCUGUUCUAGUCAGGGGCAGUGGGGUAGCCCAGUGGUUAAAGCGUUCACUUGUCACCCCGAAGAUCUGGGUUCGAUUCCCCACAUGGGCACAAUGUGUGAAGCCCAUUUCUGGUGUCCCCACCAUUAUAUUGCUGGAAUAUUGCUAAAAGUGCACACUGUUCAAAUCAUUGUUUGACCCAACACUCUAACUCCGUGAAUGAGUGCAGACAUCACAUUUCGCGGGAGAAAGGGUACUCGGUUUUGAAGCUGUCAAAUGCAAUCUAUUCAGUAGGUCCAUUUUGAAUCUGUGUUGAUGACAUACUAACUGCCUUCAGUGAAAAUAUUUUUGUAAAAAUGUUGAAAGCUGUGAUUAGUUCCUAUUUUUGUAAAUAUUGUUAAUGAUAAGAAAUCUGAUUUGGUCAUCUCUAAAAGUAAUCGUUUGCCUUGAAAUGAGCAUCUUCCUCCAUUAUCUCUGUGUCAUUUGAUCAACCAUUAGUGGACUCGAUGUAAAGAGAAACUCAUCCACUAACACUGAACAGAUGGAGAGAUUUGAUACCAAUCCAAAAGUUUCUUCUAAUAGUGCAGAGUUUUGUCAUUUAUUUAACAUUUUAUGUGAAACCGAAUUAAUUUUGCUGUUAUCCCAGGAAACAGAUUCAGUUGGGCAUUAAAGAGAAAAUAUUAGUGAAUGUGAUAUGGUUGGAUCACUGAAAAUCAGUGUUGACACCAGGUGUUCUUUAAAAAGUAUGUGAAGCCCAUUUCUGGUGUACCCCUGCCGUGUAUUGCUGGAAUAUUGCUAAAAGUGGCAUAAAACUCAACUCACUCACUCUUAAAAAGUAAAUAAUCAGUCCAUUAUCUGAGGAAACCGAUUAAGUUCAUCAUUCAAGCCAAAAAAGCUGUGAAUAUGAUAUGAUUGGAUCGCUGAAAAUAAGUAUGGACACCUGGUGUUCUCAAAAGGUAAAUAUAUCCUGCACAACAGUCUCUUCGUUCAACACACAGGGAAAGUAUAUAGAGUUAACCUGUACAUACACACCACAUUAUCGCCAUGUCCUCACUAUUAUAUUUUGGGUGUUGUUACUGCAGGAAUCUGGAUCGGUAAUUCCUACAAGAAUUUAGUUUCACCUUAUGAAAGUAUCCAUCUUCCACCAAUAUCUCUCUUUCUUUUGUUAAGCCAAUCUGGUGCUGGAGAUAUUACUUCAUGUGAUGAUAUUUCAAAGACUAUUUUUAUUACAAAAACAGGUGCUGCUGAUACUGUUCCCAUGGUUACAGUGGGAAGAACAUUAUCGAACAUCCAGAACAUAUUGAAAUGUUAAAUUCCUAAUUUAUUUGCAAUCUUUGUUUACGAGUUGUGGUAACAGAUGUUAUUGUUUAAAAAGAUAAUUUCAUGCUUGUUCAUUUAUGGAUAAUUUAAUGAUGCUUUGUAAAAUUAUUCAGUUUGACAUUUCAUUUAUACAGUUACUCACUGAUUUUUGUUUAUGGUAUUUUUCCAAACCUUAAACUUACAAUUCUCUUUCAUGACAGAUUGAUCAUUGGACUUAUAAACAUGUCCUCUGUAAGCUGAGGUCUAACAGAGGCUCAGUUGUUUCAGGUGCCACAGUUCUCUGUGCAGAGUUAUGUCCCUUAGACCAACCAGGAACUUAUAAUCAUGGAUUCGAUUCCUGGUCAGCCCCGAUUAUGUAAUGCUUAGGCUGUUGAUCACUGGAUUAUCUGGUCCAGACUUGAUUCUUUACAGACCACCGACAUAUAGCUGAAAUAUUGCUAAGUCCGGCGUAAAACUAAACUUAUUCACUCACCUGAGUAGGUUUCCAGAUUGGCCUGCAGCAUACCAAUGCUUGUAGGUUUAACCAAAGUGGUAAAUGUCGGAGACCUGAAUCCCCUUGGACUUUCCUCCUUAUAUUACUGGAUAUAACUGGAUUGUUCAAAUCAGCAUGAAAUCCAACUCACUCCCUCACUCUGUCACUGAUGCCAGAUAAUAUAGUCCAAUACUGCAUUGUGGGCCUUCUUCACGUGAUCUAAGUGUCGUCAUGCUGUCAUGGUAGCAUCUUGUGGAGCAUAUCUUAUCUAAAUGUUAUAAAAUGUUGUAAUAGAGUUUAUGAAUGUAUUUUAUGUUUGUAAUACACUUAAUAAUCCUUGGACAGAAGUCUGUAUUUAUGUGGGAUGUAUUUGUGUGAAGUUUGAAGAAUGCAGUAAGUUUGGAACAUAUUUUGACACAGUAUUGAUUAACUCAUAGAGAACAAUAUCACCUUGCAAAAUAAUUUUUUUUUCAGA